GGAGAAAAUAUGUUAAAGUCGUAUUUUCUUUAACAGGAGAGCAGCCUUGAUUUGCGUUUGUCAUAAGCAUCUAGCUUUGUGCAGUAAUUCUACUCUACUGCAGCCACUACUAUAUUUGUUAUAACACUACUCCACUACUUCAGACAUGACGACCUGCUUCAUGCCUGCUUGCAUGGAGGUUUGCCUGAGAGAUCACCUUUGCCGUGUUUAACCUAAAACACAUUAGUUGUCUAUAUGUACCCUGUAGAACCGAAUUUGUGUGAAGUACAAACAAUCGCAAAUACGUCUCUACAGGAAUACAUGGGCCACUGAAAUACCACGCCAGAAAAUGGAUUCUUCUGCUUCUGCUCCUCUUCACGUCUCGCUGCCUUCCUUUUUCCUUCCUGAUAUUGAAUAUACAAGCAGUGAAAUAUAUACAGCCUGCAUCCAGACACUGACAAUGCAAUAACAUUGUCACAAAGUGUAUUCAUAGUCCGGACAACCCGUAGAUUGUGUAGGUAGGCCACAGAGAGCAAACCCAUGUGUGCAGUGUGCGGCUACUACCGUGUCAGACCCUGUAAAACACGUUAGGAACCAGGGGUCGUUUCAAAGUGACUGAUUUACGGCUUUUAUUGCUCUAUAAAACGCCUCUAAUAUCCUCGCCAGGGAUAAUAGAAAUGUCGUGCGCAUUCUGUACAAACAGGACAGCCAGAAAUGACAUUUCCCGUCUCGCUUUUAACCAUAUUAUGUAAUUAUUGCUGUGAAAAUAGAUACACCCGUAAUAUUGCAAUUUGUUGCUUUUGCCCAUAUUUUGACUUGUGUGCUACUUCUGCUCAGACUUAAUGUGGUUGGUUUUUUUUAAAAGUCGGAGCCUAUUACUAUUAUUAUUGUUAUUGCUAUUAUCAUUAUUGUUGUUAUUAUUAUUAUUAAUAAUAUUAUUAUAGUAUUUUCCUACUUGUAAUUUUGGCUGUUGAUGACCCCCUAAUUGUCGUAAAAAUAAAAAGAAAGAAGAAAUACUGUACCUACUGUAUAAUAUGGAUGUUGUUGGGAGGCUGAAAAGCUAUUAGGGAGUUAACCUCUCUCUCUCUCUCUCUCUCUCUCUCUCUCUCUCUUUGACACAGCUGACUCUGAGAUAAGAAAGGGAAGCAUACUGUAAGCAUGACAGUUUACACAGCCAGGCAGGAUCAGUUUACAAUAUAACAGCAGCAGCAUGUGGCCAGAACGGUCAGUGCUACAGCCAGGGAGAGCAUGGAACAUCUGGAGGCAGCAAGACUGAAAUAUUUUCUUAUUGUUCUUUUUUGUUUUUUUGUUUUUUACAUAUUUGGAAUAAAUGGGACCUUAGUUUAAAUGACCGCAGGGUAUUGUAAAAAUGUUGUGUACAUAAAUGCAUUUUUGCUGCAUUUAUUUCUGUACAUUGCAGUCUUCACAUUCUUCCUCUCAGAAAUUUCUUUCAUAAAUAUGGGUUGCAGCUGGUCUACACACAGAUCCAGCUGAUUUUCAUUGUGGUCACAUAUUUUGUAUUUAAGGCCAUAACGGAGGUCACAAUAUUUCUUGCAAGUAAAGGAUGAUGACUUUUCAAUGUUGAUAGAAAGAAUACAGUCAAGAGCAGCCUUUGUGUCAGAGAAAUCCUUAGUGUUAAAGAAUCUGAACACUGGUGACUUCAGUUGUAUUUGGUCUUCAGGACUGCCCUGCAUGUGGGAGGGCUCUUCAGUUUGAUGUGAGGGAGUACAAUGGCUCCAAAAUGCUCUUACUCUCCAGGGUGCAAUGACCAGAUUUAACUUCUCUGGGACAAUAUGACUCCUCUGCAGUUAAAUCAGCAGAUUAUAAUGUCCUGAGACUAUCUGGUCUGUGACACCUUAACAAUAUUGGUCUUAAUGGUUGUGUUCCACUGCUGGCUGGUCUGUGACAUCACGAUGCUGCUGCUCUGCACACCUGACAGGCUUGUGGUGACUGGGCUGUGAUUUCACAGUAUUGAGUUAGUUUGGUCUGUUGGCUGCUCCACUGUUGUCUAGUCUUAAUCGUAUGUCCUAAUUGUAGUAUGACUUUACUCUACUUGUAGUUACUGUUUUGUUGAUGUGAUCACAAUGUUUAUAUUAAUAUUUGAAUGUACAUAUCAAAGGCUUUUAAUACUUUUAUCUUUCAGAAUUAGAGGUUAUUAUUAAAAGUUACUUAAAAGUUGUUACACUUUGGCUUCUACUUUUUAUAGGCUACUUUUACUAUUUUAUAUCGUAGGCUGGGACCGCCAUGGCUUUUCUUUAUUCUAAUCAUCUUAUUUGCUUUGUUGUGAUGUAGACUACACCUUUUGUUCCAUCAGAUUGCAGAAUCUGAUAGUAUGCCUGACAGCUUCAAUCAGGCCCAUUUUCAUAAGUUGUCCUUACCAAUUUCCAGUUAAAAGUUGAAGGCUGAGUCUUUUAAUGAAUAGCCUGGGGAAGAAAAUGUAUAUCAAUUCAAAAUAGACAACUAUCUCAUCAUUGAAUGAAAGCUUUUGUUCAAGCAGCCUGUCCAGCUUUCUUCAACAUUAUAAAUGAUCAGGCCUACUUUCAAAAACAAGCCACACCUCCAGUGCAUCUCACCACUCCAGUCCUCUCUGACAUUUAGAUACACAACAAACCUAUUAAAAAUUUGUGCUAAAAGCAAUAUCAUCUUACAAAACUGAUGCAGCUCUAAGGCGUGAGUGUUAAUGGAAUCUGUUUCACAGCUGAAGUGCAGAUGGUAAAGACUGUACCUUCAUUAAUUAGCAGCAGAUAGCCUCCACGCUUUAUAUAAAGGUUAACAAAAUGAUUGGUUUGCUAUUGUUGUACCCUAUCCUUGGCAAAUCACCUAUUGUCCCUUUGAAUAAUUGAGAACGGUGGAUUUUUGCCUGUUUUAAUUUUUCCUUGGUCAGCAACUAGCUACUAGUUUUGUCCCCAAGAUCAAUUGCCUUGGUAACACAACCAGAGAGAAGGGGGGGAAGAGAGAGAGAGAGAAAGAGAGAGAGAGAGCGAGAGAGAGAGAGAGAGAUUUGUGCCCACAAUGGCGACUGUAGGUAUGCUAAAUACCUCUGGUUCCUUAUCCGGGAACUACCUCUUACUCUGCUAUUGGGCCAUUGGGUCACGUGGUAAAAGUAACUUUACAGGGCUGCUCGCAAGUAGGAGGGCUUUAUGGAGCAGAAAAACGACAAAGCUAGAAAAAUUAUUUUCCACUCCAGAAAUUAAUGAUCAUGAGCUCGUAUUUGAUGGAGUCUAACUACAUUGAUCCGAAAUUUCCUCCAUGCGAGGAAUAUUCGCAGAAUAACUACAUCCCUGAGCAUAGUCCCGAAUAUUACAGCCGCGCAAGGGAGACUGGCUUCCAGCAUCACCAUCAGGAGUUAUAUCCUCCGCGGGCAAGCUACCAAGAGCGCCAGUAUAACUGUGCAAGCAUCCCUGAACCUGUCACGCCAAGGGGACAUGGAGUACCCCAUUCUGCGCACCUGCUGACAGGUAAAGGGCAACCUGCUUCAUGUGAAACCCCACAGUUGUCCAUGUCCCCCGCCACCCCACCGGCCGCAACCUCCGCCUGCAACCAAGCUACCCCGGAACAUCCUAACAGCACAGCCUCCUCCAAGCAGCCUGUGGUGUACCCAUGGAUGAAGAAAAUUCACGUCAGCACUGUGAACUCGGGUUACAAUGGGACGGAGCCCAAGCGGUCUAGGACAGCAUACACCCGGCAGCAAGUCUUAGAAUUGGAGAAGGAAUUCCACUAUAACCGAUAUUUAACUCGGCGGAGACGCAUCGAGAUCGCCCACACCCUGGUUCUCUCCGAGCGACAGAUUAAAAUCUGGUUUCAAAACCGCAGGAUGAAAUGGAAAAAGGAUCACAGGCUCCCGAACACCAAAGUGAGAUCCUCUUCCUCCUCCGGGUCCAACACAAGCUCAGCAGCCGGCGCUGUUGCCGCUGCCUCGGCCAGUAACACUGGGGCCCCCGACGAACUCACCGGAGCACAGCAUGGCGAGGAUAUUACCAGGUUAUAAAACCACGAUCGGGGGUGGAAAAAGAACUGGUUAUUUAUAGAACAAUUAUAUAUUUUGUUUUCGUAGCUAUCUUGUGCGGUUUCCUUUAAGUCCAAAGUUAUAUAAAAUGCAUGUUAUAUAGCAUGGAUUACUGCGAAUACCGAUGAGUUAUUUUUACGUGACACAGGGUUUAAUUUAUUUAAAGCUCAAUUUAAAUGAUGUUUUUUAUUAAUAUGAAGGAGAAAAAAAAGGAGAAAAAAUAUACAUUUUAUCAAAAUGUUAUUGUGGGCCAUUCUUUUGCCCUGCUGCCCAAGGUGAAAUGCACAAUCUAUUUAUUUCAAACAACACUGGAAGGAAAUCAAUAUAAUAAUAGUUAUUUUUGGUAUAAAAAAAAAAGCUGGAACACACCAUUGAUCUUGAACUUGUUUGUUUUGGAUAAUGUGUGAAUUACCUCGUGUAUUUCUGAAACAGGAUUUUGAUUUACAAUUUAGUUUUGUGGUGUUGAUGUUGUGUUUAGACCGUUAAAAAGCAGAUUAUUGUGAAAUGCAAUAAACGGAGUGUAGUGUACUUGUGCUAAUCAUAUUGGUCAAUAAAACAGUGAGUGUCUACUAGUUUUAUA